AUGCAGCUCACCAUUUUCUCACAGGUUGUAUAUCUGGGCCUGCUCGUUUGUCGAAUCCAUGGACAACAGGUACCAGCCCCCACAGAUGCUGGAGUCGGCCCCGUUGUCACAGCAGCGCCUGAAUAUCCUGCCUUCGUCGACAGUCUGGACAAGAGACAGCAAGGGGAAGAUUUUGUGGCAUGGUGGCCAGUCUACAGCUCCUGGCGCGAAAAAACGUGCGAGCCGGGCUCACAAUACGUGACCCAUUCAACAUACGGGCAGUGCUGCGCUACGAGUGCCUCUGAAUGCAAUUAUGCCACGGCCUGCGCGCCCGAUGGGUCGGUCCAGUACUACCGAGGGAACCAAAGCUGUGACCCAGGGCAAUACUGCGAGGUAUUCACGAUUCUGCCCUCUUCAGGCAGCCCUGCCAGUGAGAAACGCGAUAUCGUCCAGUGCAUAAGUUCCGGAUACGACUAUGCUGGGACCUGGUACCGCCAGUCCUACGCCUUGACAACGGACCCAUCUACAACUACCGUCACACAAACAGAGACUGCGCAGACUACAACCGUAACCCAGGCGGUGCCCACUGAUGGCAGCACUGCUCUGAAGACACAGGCCAUGCAGGGGGCACUGGGGGCUUUUAUUGUUGCUGUCCUACUCAUGUAUUGA